CCACAGGCACAGCCUCCCGUCUUCCAAAAGCGGGCUGUAGCUCUCCAACGAAGCGCGACGACCUCUCCUCCACUGAUCGUUAUUUCUUCUAUCGCGGAAUUGAGGUGCCGCAGCCGCCUGUUUUCAAACGCAUGGUCAACACCAUAAAUCUGCAAUCAUUUACAAAGUAUUUUAAGGCAGACUAAGGUAGCACACGUCAAUCAAUAAUCUUCAAAAUGCCCCCUGGUAUGUUACUAUUAUUAUUUUUGCGCCUUUCACCACCACCGACGCCUGUCGCAAGCGACAAGCGAUGGGCGCAUCCCGAUCGCGUCUCCGGUUACCGCAUGAUAGAGCCCUUGAUUCCGGCGCAAUUGGUAUUCUGCUGUUGCUGACUAUUUGCGCAGCUCUUAGUGAUGAGGAAUCCUCCGACGUCGAAGAGUAUACUACACCUCCUCGCGCGAGCAGCCGCAAGAAGUCUACCUCGGCUGCUGCGGUAGAUCAGCCCGACGACGUGAAACCAGAAGAGGCGUCCGGCCAAGAGGACGAGGAUGAAGAUGAAGAUCUGGACGAGGAUGAAUUUGUUGUUGAGGCUAUCAAAAAGCACCUGAUCGACGACGACGGAAGUCUGAAGUUUCAAGUCAAGUGGGAAGGCUACGAGGCCAAGAAAGAUUUGACGUGGGAGCCUGAGGAGAAUCUUAGAGAGUCUGCCCAGGAAAUCCUCGACGCCUACUUUGAAAGGUUUGGUGGCCGUGAGAAACUCUUGGAAGAGACUGAAACAGCAUCAAAAACGAAGAAGCGCCGCCGCGCCACCACCAAUGGCACCCCCAGCACAACCUCUACAACUAAGCGAUCACGACGCGAGCAUCCGGCCAACUCGGCAACUCCAGCGACAGCGAAGAAUUGGAGCCCUCCAGCAGGAUCAUGGGAGGAGGAAAUUGAGACAAUUGAUGCCUGCGAAGAUGAAGGCAGCGGCAAGUUGAUCGUUUAUCUUAUUUGGAAGAACGGCCGCAAGACCAAGCACGACACCGAGGUUAUCUACAAGAAAUGUCCGCAAAAGAUGCUCCGCUUCUACGAGCGCCAUGUCAAGAUCAUUAGAGACGAGAACAAGGCUCUGGUUGAUGGGACAGAGAACUAGUGGCAUUUGUACAGGCAUGAAAGGGAGAUUGGGGCGAAGAGAAAGCAAAGCAGCGCAUUCAGGUAUUCGUUUUGUACUGAUACCCGAUGCUGUAACUGGGACGGCGUUAUCGGCGAUCGCCAUUAAGUCGCGGAAGGGUUUCUAUUUUUCUAUUUGAUUCAUCAUGCGUCUACACGCGGAAAGGAAACGGA